CUUGAGUCUUGACUCGGAGACCAGAAAUCUUUCAUACGGCCGUUUUAAAUCCGAAAACCCCCCUGUCCAAUCAUAAGAAAAACCAGAAGGCGAUAUCUAACAAUAAUGCACGCCUUCUACUCAAUCCCUCCCAACGCAGCCAACCGGGAGAUUCAGGGGCAAAUGGAAACUCCAUCAUCUUCUUCCGAAUCAAUGACACCAGAGCCCCACAAAUCCGAUCUCCAUUCAACUCAGUGGACUCAAACACACGGGGGCCAUGUCCCCUUUCAACAGGUUGAUGUUGAGACGUGGGGACACAUCUGGCCCCCUCCCCCCACCAAGCCCCCAACCCUAAGCACUUUCGAGCUCAACGAGAAGCAAGAGAGAAAUGAGCAACAGUCACAACUACCACCACCAGCCACCGCUGUCGACGAUCAAGGAGCCGCCCCCCACAUGCAAGGGGCCUUCCCCCGCCACGAAGCCCUAAAGCGCCAGUAUGCCCUCCUGCACACCACCUACGUGGCCAGCGGCCUGACCACACCCACCAUCCUCGCCCGUGUGCUCGCCAGCGGGGCCCAGGGCAUCGCCAUUCACCGGUCCAUCCUAACCAUGAACGCGUGGCUGAGCGACGCUGAGAAGCGCAGGCUUCAGAAGAUUCGCAUGGCGGAGCAGAAGAUGCAGAUCUUCCGGCGUUUGCAUGGUCUGCUGGUUGACCUGGAGAGGGUGAGAGGGGAGUUGGAGCCUUUUCGCUUUGUAGAAGAGGUAUGGGAUGACAAGGCGAGAGAGUUCCUGAUCCUUUAUGAGGAGAGGAUGACGGGGGAGAAGCUGAAUGAUCUUGUGGAGGGAGAGUUUCGGAAAGGGGAGAAGGUGGAGGAUGCUGUGGAAAGGAUUUGUGGGGUUUGGAUGACGCGGCGGCGGCGGCGUUCGUCGUAA